AGCACACCGGACAGCAGGUUCUAUGUCGAGGCCAAUGCCUCAUCCUGCUGCUCCUGACCUCCUCAUGCGCCUCAUGCACGGACCAAAGACAAUACUUUCGCUACCAGACGAUAUCAUGCUGGAAAUUAUCACUUUUAUUCGAGUGAAAGACAUACUUGCUCUGCGACAGACAUGCAAGAAGUUAUGCAGACUAACCAAGUCACGUUGGGUCUGGACAAACGCCGUCAAGCGACAUGCACUGGGGAAAGGACUUCCGAUACCCGCAUCGAAUCCAGGGUUGAAGUCCCUUUCAGCAGCGCACCUUGAGGCACGCGUCGUACACGCUGCAAAGCUGCAUGACAACUGGUACUCGAAGAAUCCAACGCCAAGGCGAGCUAUCGAAUUCCAGGCAAGAUGUAUGCUGGAUGAGGUGGCUGACACCCCUGCUUCCCCCGUCUCCCAAGUGUUGUUCAUGCCGGCUCGGAGCGGAGAGUUCUUACUCGUCCUCGCAGGAAAGAGGCUGAGUUGCUGGGAAGUUCCUCUCGAUGGUUCCGGGGCGUAUGAGAUCGUGUGCGUACAUGAGGACGGAGUCAACAUCGAACAAGUCAUCGUAAACCAGGAGUCCGACAAUGGAUGCGGGGAGUUCGCAUUCUGGGCUCAGCGUCCCGGCAAUGACGCGCAUGCGAAGCUUUACGUCGCAUCCCUGGAUACUUUCCACGGGCGCAUACAAGUGAAAAUGAGCUGCCUUGCUCUCCAGCCUAUCGCGGCGCCAUUACAUCUAAUGCACGGCGACUUCAUCGUCACAGGUAGCCACCCAGUCCUGUGGUACCUCGCGUCCGAUACCAAGAAAGUAAAUUAUGCUAGGCUUGUCGGAGGAGUGGUGAUGGAGGGGUCCAAUGCAGUGCUCGCCGUCAAGAUCAUUGGGAAAUAUGUGCUGAUAGCAAGGCAGCAGGAGUUUCAGUUGUUUGCCAUACCCAGACACUCCCCAGAACUUGGCAUGGAGAAAACUGUCGAGCUUAUCGCGACCUUUCACUGGGACAGCCCUGCUCGCGAGGUCGUUAUUAUCGCCCGAGACAAUCUCGCACGGAAUGCUCCUUCUACCCCUUCGAAAUCUUGGGCCACGGGGACUGUCACGAUUCUGCUCCGCGAAGCAAAUGAGGGCUUCAACACGCUGAAGCAAUACGAUCUCUUACCGAACAUAGACCGUCGUCCCAGCCCGGGGCCGAAAACAGUCCUUCCCUUCGUCCUCCCCUCGGGGUGUACGCGUGCUAUACCCGUCGCCCCAUCUUGCUGCGGCCUCUCCGUCUGGCCGAGUGGCAGAGGCUUCUGGGUGCAGACCGACAACGUUGAGGCGAACCACACGAAGUAUCCAGCGCGGUGCAUUAUGGGUUUCGACGUUGUCAGUCCAAGACAGGCUCAAGAGAUAUCAGCAGAGCAUGGAGACAAGCUUGCUUGCAGCCCUGGGGUUCACUUGGAUGCCAAUAUCGUGCACUUUUGCGACGGGCCGCUCUACGCUCGUCGAUGCGAUAUGAGCCACAUCCUUCGGAAGCGCUACGCCUUGAAGUCGGCCGACCUCGAGGAUGUUAUUGGGAGGUUGGCUAUCGGGGACAAAGACGGCAAGGUAGAGGUGUUGGACUACGCUUAGUGACGGGUUGUGGGACAUUCCCUACGUCUCGGCUCCUCUUGUUAUUUUGCGUGCAUGUCUAGCAGCUGAUCUCUGCAGUCCGGCCCUCAUUAAAAUUAUACCUGUAGGUUAUCGUG